CUGACAGAAGAGGAAAGUGAGAGUUGUUUCGAUUGCAUCAACUCCUUCUACCGGUCACUACCACUUUCUCUCUCUUCUUUAUCUCACCACUGUCAUCAACUCCACCUCCACUUCCGCUUCCACUCACACUUACACUCAACCACAUCUUUAGCUCAGCUCUAGAGGAAAAAAAACAAUAGUUGGAGAGAAAAUAGGUAGACAUAUGUAUAUAACCAUACUGAUUGAGAAAGAGUGGUUUUGUGCUCUGUAUUUUGUUCUUUUGUGUUAUAUUAUAUAUUCUCUUUUUAACUGGUGAUAGUUAAAAUUAUCCUCUUCUCUCGAUAUGGGCAAUUUUGAUUUUUGAGGUCGUACAAAUGUUAUUAUGCGCUACACAUACAGUGUUUUGUGUUGUAAACAUAGGUUAAAAGCUUCACUACUGUUGCUUCCUUAGGAUUUAUGGUGGGGAAUUGAAGCAGAAUCUGCUGUUAGUUCUCAUUGGUUCUCUGUUUUUCUCUGUUCUGGGUCUCUGAAUCUGCUUAAUACCAGAGUAAUUUUAGUUGUAGUCAAGCUAUACAUACAUAUACAUACAUAUAUAUAUAUAUAUUCACAUGCUUGUGGUGAUUUGGACGAAGAUCUGUUAGAAGUAUUUAAAGUCUUGAUUGAUGCAUGUUUUGUGAAUGAAGAAAAGCCAAGGAGAGAUGUAUGAGAUUCUUCUGUUCUUGUGCUUUAUAUUGGUUUUCUGUUUGAUCUGAUAAGAAUACAGAGUUUCUCUUUCUUCAACUUUCUUGAUUACUAGAAAAUCAAUGGACUCAGAUUUCCCUCAUCAUCAUCAGCAGCAACAACAACAGAUGAAUUCUAGUUUGACGCGGUAUAAAUCCGCCCCAAGUUCCUAUUUUGCAAAUCUGGUGAAUAAAGGUGGCUAUGGAGGAGAAGAUUUGGAACAGUUGUUGAAUCCUCGGGCUACUAUUCCUGAAACGGAGCGAAAUUUCCCAAGAUUUGUGUCUGAAACUGGUUCAGAAAACUCAAACUCUCAUAUGUAUGGUAUCGGACAAAAUUCCUCAUCAAAUGGACCGGCUCAAUCACAAAUUGUGGCGCCAUUGAAGCGCGAAACAGAGUUUCAUCAUCAUCAGCAGCAACAACCACAACAACAGCAGAGCAAUAAUUAUGCUUCAGGUUCUCGGAUGAUUUAUCAGAGCCAAUCUCAAGCGCAUCAUGACUCAGAGGCCUCCAAUUCGGGUAUUGAUAACUCGUAUAGAUUGCCUAGUUCGCUGGCCAUGGAUGGUUUGCCUUAUAUGAAGAUGGGUGGUGGAAGUAACUCAAAUCUUAUUCGUCAUAGCAGCUCACCUGCUGGAUUAUUCUCCCACAUCAAUGUUGAAAAUGGCUAUGGUUUAGUGAGAGGCAUGGGGAGUUUUGGACCUGGUGAUAAUACUAAUGCCGAAGCAUCAUUUUCCUCUACAAGCAGGUUGAAGGGUCAAAUGGAUAUCUCAUCAGGGCUGCCUUCAUCUUCAGGGCUAAUGUCUCAUACCUCUGAGAUUGGGAGCAAAAACAUGGUAGAGAUACUAGAGAAUAGUCCUGGAGAUGGAAAUUUUGGUGAAGGCCGGAAAAACCAUGGUGGUUACAUUACAGGUUUCCCAAUUACUUCUUGGGAUGAUUCAGCAAUUUUGUCUGAUGACUUCCUGAAAGGGGUUGGCGAUAAUGACAGAAAGGUUUUUUGUAAUUUGAAUGCUUCAGAAAAUCAGAAUGGCCAAGGUGAAAAUCAAUCUCCCACUAUGUUGUCUCGUCACUUGAGUUUGCCAACAAGUUCAGCAGAGAUGGAAAAGCUACUGCAGCUUCAAGAUUCUAUACCUUGUAAGAUAAGAGCCAAGAGGGGUUGUGCAACUCAUCCAAGGAGUAUUGCCGAGAGGGUGAGAAGAACCCGAAUUAGUGAAAGGAUGAGGAAACUACAAGAACUUGUCCCCAAUAUGGACAAGCAAACAAAUACGUCAGACAUGUUGGAUUUAGCUGUUAACUACAUUAAAGGCCUUCAGAAACAAGUCCAAGUAAACAUUACGAUGCAUAAUUUAUGAAGGAUUCGAAUCUAAACCGAAAAAGCCUUUGAAAUAUCUCUAUUUGUUCUAAAAUCUAUUCAUGUUUGAAUUUUUGCAGACCCUAUCAGAUAAUCGAGCAAAGUGUACAUGUCCAGAUAAGGAGAAACCAUAGCCUAGAAGGCCCAAGUAUGCUAUGGUUUGUUUCUGUACAGGAAAAAGGAAAUAUAAGUAGUUGGAUCCACUUUGGUUCUGAAAUCAAGAAGAGUGAGUGGAUUAGUAUUUUGUGUCAAGGGAAAUACAGAAAUGCCACGUUAGUUUUUUCUUAAAUGGAAGUUGUAUAUUAUUAAUUUUCAAAUGUAUUUAACUUGUGUUUUUGAUAUAUAGAUCAACCAC